UCAUAAAUGUAAAACAAGAGUUUAUCUGUCAAAGGCGGUUAAUAUGUAUUUUUCUUUUUGAUUUGCGAAACUUAUUUCUUGUACCAUUGCGUAUUAUUUUCUGUUGACUCCAAAAAUGUCUUCCUCAGUUACUUCUUUAAAUUCUAAACCUGAGUUUCAACAGUGGCUUAAAGAAUUGUUUGAAGGGGAGACAGAAAGUAUUCCUGAAUUUAUACCAGAUGAAAACAGUUUGAAAUUGCUGAGUAGUAUUAUCUCAAAGAAUAAAGAAGCAGAAAAGGAUGCAAAAGAAGUCAUAGAAGCUGAAAAACGACUUGCAGAAUAUUAUGAUAACCAAAGUAAUGAAAUGUGUGAAAUUCUGAAUGGUAAUCUACUGCCUUUAAAUCAUGAAGUGUCAGAAAGGGUAGAAAAACUUGCUGCUGUAGCAUACAAAAUGAAUUUGAAAGAGCCUACUAUUACAAAUUUUUUUCUAGGAGCUUCUGUAGCUUGUGAAAAUGGACUUAGACGUAAAGAAAAACAAACGAUUAAGGAUUAUAAUACAUUCCUUCUCGAAAAAAAGAUAUCAGACACAAAAAUGAUGAAUGACAUGUUAAAAAGGGAAAUAGAGGAUGUAAAAAAAGUAUUGCAUAUUCAAAAUUCUUUGGAUAAUAAUUUCAAUGAAAAUACUUCAUUUGUAAUGCAUAAAAUUGAAGACUAUAAAUCAAGAAUGAAAAAACUAGAAAGACGUUUGGAAAGUGCAGAAUAUGACUCCAUGUUUAGUCACAGUGAUCUAGUUAAAAAGGCAGAGGAUAUAAACUUCUUAGAAAAAGAAGUCGAGUGUCUUCGUGCAAAAUUAGAUAGUUAUCAGUCAUUGCCUCCGAAUGAAAUGUUAACAAGAUUAAAGAUAGAAGAAGCUCAAGUUGAACUUGAAAGACUACAAAAUCAGUUCUCUGUUUUAUUAAAAAAAAAUUGUUAACAUAACUAGUCACAAUUUUUUUAAUGUUAUCAUUUUACUAACUCAUAUUUUUUUUCCCUCUAUGUGUGGUUUGUUAAUAAAAUGUGAUUUAAAAUCUCAAGAAGGAUCUGUCUAACCUCCUGGCUAUAGAGGUAGCCAAAGCUGAUCCUUGAAGGCUCAUUACAUCUUCCAUUGGUAUAAACUGAAACUUAAAAAAAAAAAAAAAAAAAAAAAAAAAAAAAAAAAAAAAAAAAUUAGGAAAUAGAACAUUUUGAUAAAUGACAUAGCUUUUGUAUAAGUUUUACAUACAUUAUACAGACAUAAAAUGGUUGUAUUUUAUUAAUCAAGUAAAAAUAAGCACUGAACUAUAAUUAAAGAAUUUACAGAUGUUUCAUAUAAGCAUAAAAAAAAAUGUGUAUUUAUAUAUUUAUAUGAUUUCCUAAUAGAGGUCACAAAAUGUAAAAUUAAUGGAAUGUAUUAAGAAUCAAUUCCUGUAUUUUUUAACUUUGUAUAUUUACUUUAAUUUUCCAGUUUUCUUGUGUCUUGUUUACCAAAUAAAUUUAAAUAAUUGAAAA